UUUACCUUAAGUCGAACGAUUCUCGCACGAAUUCUCUCUUUACUGCAGACAAACCGCAGUUUAUUGCUGAUGCACAUGUACUUUCCUUAUUAUACAUGCAUGCUCCACUCUUGUAUACUUCAGAAUAUCAUUUUUUAACCGUUGCUUUCGUGCUCCAGUAUAACCUACGGUUGGCGCUGCAUUUUCCUAAUAUCCCUUUUAACUGUUGCUUCGUACUCUCGUAUACCCUACGGUUCGCGCUGCGCUGCAGUUACUAGUAUUAUACGCAUUACACAGCGGUUUUCCAUUUGUAACUUUCAUUUUAGCUCCGUAUUUACCCACCUCAAUUUCCUUUAAUUUCUUACUGUUUCUAAAUACUGGAAUGACCUUGCCCUUCAUUAUAUGUAAAACACUUAUAAAUCUGCCCCACAUCUCAUCGACAGCCUCCACAUAUAGAAGCUUGAAAAAGGAACAGCGAGCUUGCACGUUACUGCCGGGAGAAGACGACUCUGGCAUGGUAGCUGCGCACAAAAGUGAGCCAGCACCACCACGGCGGAACAAUCACGACUUAAUCACGCGUCUGCACUGAACCGAAAGGGAGCCAGUAUCUCCACUACUGCUGAAUUCGUGAGAAACUGAGUUGGUUUUCAAAGCAAAUCUAAGAUAUGCUAGUGCAAGACAUUGAAACCACCGGCUAGUAGCCGUCAGUGCAUAGAGAUACUCCAUCAAGAAUGAAGCAUUUAAAUCUCCCAAGACUACAGAAAACUACGGGGAACCUUUGCGUGCUGCUCACGGACUAAGAUUGGAAUAUCUGGCAACAGUGAGCUCAGUCUCUCAUAUUCACAUACAGAAAAUGAUCAGAAUGAUCAGUGAGAGCAUCUCAUUUUAUGAAAAGAUCACCUCUCAUGAAAAAAGACCCCAAAGUUGACCAUGAAGGCCAUCUUUUUUAUGGUGUGUCAGGCUCUCUGCCUUUACCUCAUCGUGUGUAUUGACAGUCGCCUGGACUUUAAGUGGCAGGUUUGGAAGAAGACCCACGGCAAACAGUACAAGAAGGCAAAUGAGCUGCAAAAAAGAACAAUAUGGGAAGAGAACUUGAAGAAAAUUAAUGCCCACAACUUGCAGUACAAGAGAGGAAAAACAACCUUUAAGUUGGGAAUGAACCAGUUUGGAGAUCUAACCUCUUCAGAGUUUGCCAGUAUGCUGAGUUCCUAUUCUGUGAAGCAUGUAAGAGAUAUCACGCUGUCUGCCACCGACCUGCGAAGUGCUGCCAGUAAGCUGAACCUGACCAGUAUCGAUUAUAGGAAACUGGGGUACGUCACACCCGUCCAAGACCAGGGGACUUGUGGCUGCUGUUGGGCAUUCAGUGCUGCUGGAGCAAUCGAGGGGCAAACCUUCAAUAAAACGGGCAAGCUGAUACCACUGAGCAAGCAGAAUCUGCUGGACUGUGCAGAGUAUCUGGGGAACCAGGGCUGCACAGGCAGUAGGCCCUCUCUGGCCUUCCAGUACGUGAUCGACAAUGGAGGAAUUCAGGCUGAGGCGACCUAUCCCUACAAAAUGGCAAUUGGGUCCUGUCGUUUCAACAGCAGCAAGGUUGCCGCAACCGUGGCAAAUUACAAAUACCUCCCAAUUGGCAAUGAGCAGGCUUUGGCAGAUGCCCUGGCAACCAUCGGGCCAAUCUCAGUGGCCAUAGAUGCCAGGCAGAUCAGCUUCCAGUUCUACCUGUCUGGAAUCUACAAUGAUCCAAAUUGCUCCAUACUUAACCUAAGUCAUGCCAUGUUGGCAGUUGGCUAUGGAUUCCAAGGAAGUAGCAAUUACUGGAUUAUCAAAAACAGCUGGGGAACCCUAUGGGGUGUCAAUGGUUACCUGAUGCUGGCCAAGGACAAGAACAACGCCUGUGGGAUCAGCCAGUAUGGUGUUGUCCCUUUUGUUUGAGACCCCCAACUGGCUCCCUUUGUGUUCCACUGAUUCGAGUGCAGUCAUAAGCCAGACUCUGAUCAUUGGAGUUUUGUUGAAUUAAAAAUCUCAAGUGUGGGACGUGGUGGAAUGUAACCGGCAAUAAUGGGAGGAAAAAAGUGAAAACAGGCUGCCAAACACACACACUGUCACGGAGAACUAGACAGAAAGUCAAGUGUAACAAUGGCUAAUUAGAGAGGAAAUUAAAUCUGUGUGGAGGGAUUAUUUUGUAGUUCUGUGUCAGUUGAGAAGACCAGACAGUUUUACGUGCAUAUUGUAGUAAAUAAUCCUUAAACACUUCAGAAAUCUGAAAUGAUAUGAUUUCCCAAUACUCAUUCUUCAUGUUAGCAAAAUAAAUGCAACUGUUAAUUUAAAUAAAAUCUGUUUGUGUCCCAAGAGUUUUUAAAUAUUAGUAUU